GGUCCGCACCGGCUACGAACGAAGGCUUUUAUUUCACUCGACUCGAGCGAUUUUCUAGUCAAUGGUAGUCUUUCUCCAUCUACCCAAGCUUUCUCCAGCACCAUCACCAAAGCUUUCUCUCAACCUAGCUACGUCCGAUCGAUCUAGAAAGAUUUCAGUAGUUUUUCUCCCUUCGAUUUUGAUACAUGGACGAAUCUGGCAAGAAAAACAAACCUUCGGUUCGAUCCCUGUGGGUGGUCAAAUCCGUGAAGAAACCACAGGAUCAAGUUUCUGCGGCCGGUCAGGUUUCGUGGAAAGCUGUAGGAAAAUCGCCAGAACCGGUUUCCAAAGAAUCGCCGGAAAUAUCAGCUUCAGUUGCCGAGGAAGCGCCAGAAGUGGCUGGGACAUCGCCGGCAAACUCUUUGAUCAGUGUUCCACUGCCUUCCGGUUCGUCUUCGGGCGAAUCGGAUUCAGAGAAAGAUGAUGUACCGCCUGUGGCUGAUCGGCAGAGGAAGAAGAAGGAGAAAAAGCUGGCGGUAUAUGCGAUUCCCGAGCAUCUGAAACGGCAGAUCGAGAUGGAUGCAGUGCCUGAAGUUCUUCAUGAAACUCUCUCGCCAUCAAAUUAUGGUGCCUAUUUUGCCGUUCUGCUCUACGCAGAGGACUUCUACAUUGAGAAAUGGACCAAUUUCCAGUUGUAUAGAGUACCUCUGGAGCUGGAUAACAAAAGGUGGAAGAAGGUAACGAAGAAGAAGAAUAGCUGCAAGAGUGCUUGGAAUGAUAAGAAAACAUAUGUGUCAUUCGAAAUCACUUCCAUUCCUGAGAGACGACCAUAUCUAUUAUCAAGGGACUAUGUCUUUGUGCGACGAUCAGGAAAGAAGACCAGAUUUGAGGGAAGAGUGAUUGGGGUGGUAAAGAGUACUCACGUAUUGACCGAGUUUGGAAAUGAUCUUCUCUUACAGUAUUCUCCAUCAUACAAGUAUGAUGUUAAGUUUUCCUUCAAUAGAACCUGUUUAAAGAGAUCUCACCAGGCUGUGGAAGCUGCACUAGCUCCUUCGUUUCAUCAUGUGCUUUUCCCAAGUUGCCACCCAAGAACCGCAGAGAUCUCUCUACCAUCUGCAACUUUUUUGAAUCAACGCCUUGGUGUUCAUCAAAUCUCAGCAAUCCACAAAAUUAUACGGCUCAAAGGGCCUCCCCCUUAUCUCAUAAAUGGACCACCUUCUGUAACACAGAAUAAUUCUCUCUCCAAAGCUGGCACUACCAUUACAGAAGCAAUCCUCGAAAUUUACUUCCACAUGGAUACCAGCCGCAUAUUGGUGUGCUCUCCUAAAAACCACACCUGCGAUACACUCAUCAGUUGCUUGAACAAAAGAAUCCCAGAUUCGGAUCUGUUUCGGGCCAAUGCUAGUUUUCGGGAGGUUGAAGAUGUGCCAGAUGAUGUCUUCCCGCUGUGCUCGCAUGAUGGCGAAUGCUUCUCCAGUCCUCCACUCUCUGUUCUCCAGAAGUUCAGAGUGAUAGUUUCAACUCUUAUGACUUGUUUCAGGCUUCGAGACAAUGGCAUCAGCCCUGGCUAUUUCUCUCAUAUUUUCAUGGUGGAUGCUUCUUCAGCCACCGAACCUGAUGCAAUGGUGGCACUGGCAAACUUUGUAACAGAUGAGACAGCAGUUGUGAUAGCAGGUUCGCGAACCAAGUAUGCAGAUAGAGUGCGUUCCGACAUGGCUCGAAGAAAUGGUUUGAAGAGAUCAUACUUCCGUAGACUGAUGGAGAGCGAGCCAUACUCGAGCAAUGAUCCGCUAUGUGUUUGCAACUUGGAUGAGGAGAGCGAGAACUAAAUAGUGUCAUGCAGCAUAUCCUAUGAUGUUUCUUUAUGUAAACUCUGAAUUAAUCUGAAGUUUUGAGCCUGGAAGGUUUGUUAUAUAUAA